GGUCGGCGCACUAAUACGGGCGCUGAGGCUCGGCGGCUCCAGUCUGACUGACGCCGGCUGGGGCCGCCGCCGCUGCAGCCGCCGUCUCGGUCCCGCCGCCGUCCGCUCUGCAGCCGCGGGGCGCGCGAGCCAGCGAGCUGGCUAGCCCAUUUUGGGGCUCCAAGGGAAGCCACCACAUUUCCACGGUGAAUCUGUCGCUGAUGCUUCCCAGAGAAAAGGCAGCUUUGCACCUAUGCCAUCCCUGGGGAGUUCCUUGCUGCUGACCGCCCUGGAGCCCAGCAGGCACUGAGGGGCCACGAGUUUGGUUUCCUGUACAGAGACUCUGUGGUCCACCUCAUAUGCACCCCAGCACCCCCAUCAGCUCCCUCUUCUCCUUCACCAGCCCUGCAGUGAAGAGACUGCUCGGCUGGAAGCAAGGAGAUGAGGAGGAGAAGUGGGCUGAGAAGGCAGUGGACUCACUAGUGAAGAAACUAAAGAAGAAGAAAGGGGCCAUGGAUGAGCUGGAGAGGGCCCUCAGCUCUCCGGGGCAGCCCAGCAAGUGCGUUACCAUCCCGCGGUCCCUAGACGGGCGUCUGCAGGUGUCCCACCGCAAGGGGCUGCCCCAUGUUAUCUACUGCCGCGUGUGGCGAUGGCCCGACCUGCAGUCGCACCACGAGCUGAAGCCCCUGGAGUGCUGUGAGUUCCCAUUUGGCUCCAAGCAGAAAGAAGUGUGCAUCAACCCUUACCACUACCGCCGAGUGGAGACCCCAGUGCUGCCUCCUGUACUCGUGCCCAGACACAGCGAAUAUAACCCCCAGCUCAGCCUCCUGGCCAAGUUCCGCAGCGCCUCCCUGCACAGCGAGCCGCUCAUGCCACACAAUGCCACCUACCCUGACUCCUUCCAGCAGCCUCCGUGUCCUGCGCUCCCUCUCUCGCCUGGCCACAUGUUCUCUCAGUCCCCGGGCUCAGCCAGCUAUCCCCACUCCCCGGGAAGCCCUUCUGAGCCAGAGAGUCCCUAUCAACACUCAGUGGAUACCCCAGAGCCCCCCUCCCAUGGCAGACCUAUAGAUGCUACAGCUGACAGUACUUUACUGCUAUCAGUACUUAACAGAGACUUCCGGCCAGUUUGUUACGAGGAGCCCCAGCACUGGUGCUCUGUCGCCUACUAUGAACUAAACAACCGCGUCGGGGAGACAUUCCAGGCUUCCUCCCGCAGCGUGCUCAUAGACGGCUUCACUGACCCUUCGAAUAACAGGAACAGGUUCUGCCUGGGACUUCUUUCAAAUGUGAACAGAAACUCGACCAUAGAAAACACUAGAAGACACAUAGGAAAGGGUGUGCACUUGUACUACGUGGGUGGAGAAGUGUAUGCCGAGUGCGUGAGCGACAGCAGCAUCUUCGUGCAGAGCCGCAACUGCAACUAUCAGCACGGCUUCCACCCGGCCACGGUCUGCAAGAUCCCCAGCGGCUGCAGCCUCAAGGUCUUCAACAACCAGCUCUUUGCUCAGCUGCUCGCCCAGUCCGUUCACCAUGGCUUUGAAGUCGUCUAUGAAUUAACCAAGAUGUGCACUAUCCGCAUGAGUUUUGUGAAGGGUUGGGGAGCUGAGUAUCAUCGCCAGGAUGUCACGAGCACCCCGUGCUGGAUUGAGAUUCACCUCCACGGACCCCUGCAGUGGUUGGACAAAGUCCUGACUCAGAUGGGCUCUCCACACAACCCUAUUUCUUCAGUGUCUUAGCAUCUGUGUCUUAAACUGCAUUGCUGUAGGAUAGAUGCUGUUGCAGGCAGUUGCUUAGUCAUUUCAGAUUUGCAACUAGCUGAAGUUUCUAAAUACCUGUGUAAAUACAUAUCAUGUAUACGGUUCAAUUUUUUUUUUAUCACCAUUUGUUUUGUGCUACCUAGUUAACCUGGGGCCAGUACAGAGUGGUUGGAGAGGCAGGAUUUCCAAGCCUAUGCUAUAAUAAGCCUCUUCUUUUGUGAGAGGAAGUGGAUGAAGGGCAGCAGUCUAAAUGGUAUGUGCAGGUGUUGGAGUUGAAGGCGCGCCGGUCGGCACGGCAUACCCAGCAAGCGUGGCCUAGCAGAAACGUGGAAACUCUUCCUAUUGUAAAACACAAGUAUUAGUAGCACUAGAGGAAACAGUACUUUCACACAAAUUAAAACAAACCCGUGCAGUUUAAAUGAUGUCACAUUUAGUGCUAAUGGCACAGAGUAGGGUGCAAUCAAGCUUUUACAAUGAAUUAUGUGAGAUUAAUCACAGAAAAUUUAUUUCUGAAUUUCAAAUACAUACACCAUAGUUAAACUACUGUGUGAUUUUGGUACAUUUAAAAUGAAUUUAAACUGUGAUUGGGGGAAAAACGAAACGGAAAUUAAAAGUCAUGUUGCCAAACGUCAGUCUCCCACUGCAGAAGUGAGUCUAAUAAGGGAAAACAGAUAUGAAAAUAGAAUGAGAUGAGCUAUAAUCCCAAAUGAUAAGGUCAGUUCAGAAUGUAGUCUAAGAACCAUCCAGGAGGUUCCUGCUUUCCAUAUUGGAAACCAGUUCUGUUUUUUGUGGUUGUCUUGUAAGCAGCCCUGCAGACAGCAGAGUCUGUGCGGAGCGUGCAGUACUAGGUAAGAGUCCUGUCGGGGGAGGAAGGAGAGAAAUAAAAAGGCUGGACAGAGCCUCACACAUGCACUGCACCUUCCACAUUCCCACAGUCAGGCUCCUGUCAGGGCACCCUCUGUGCCACAUUUUCUUGCCUGUUAGCAAAUAUUAACUAUUUGCAGACUAUUAAGACAAUACUAAAGCCUGUGGGAAAAUCGGGACACAUUGUUGGAUCAGAUUUAUGAAUUAAUUAACUUAGGGUCUGUAUUGAUUAAAUUAUCAGCUGCUUAAAUCUGUAGCCUCUUUUAAAGUCUCCAACCUGGAAAUAACUCCUGAAGUAAAAUGAUAAUAAUUUCAUACUCCCUAUAAUUUGGGAGAAAAAGUGGUACUGAAUAACAAGGCAUCUUUAAAAAUAUAUACAAUAUUAAAAAGCUCUUCCGUUUUUCUGUGGAUGAUAAAGGGAAAUCCCAUCAAUUUCUAGGUAUUUGCCACCCAUUAAACCAUAUAUUGCUUGAAAAGGUAUUUCGCACCUUCUUAAAAACGUAUAAUUUAAAGAGAAGUCAUGCUUCUAACAAACAGGACUUCAGUAAUCCAAGAGGCUUCUUCAUUUAUGCCUUCUCUCUAGCAUUAGUGCACAUGUGAUUGUUUCUCAUCAAACUAUAUUCAAGUUAGAAAAGACCAUGUGCAAAAGAUAGAAGAAGAAGCUACAACUGUCACCACUUGUAAUGACUAGUGUUCUCUGAUAGAAACGUUCAUAUAUGGAAUAGAAAGGAAUUAUUACUUUUUGCAUUAAAAUUAGGCAGUCCACUUAGCGUUUAGAAGACCCCAUAGUUCACUGGCUCAUCAGCUAUGUAUCGUGCAGGUAGAAUGCUAGGUACUUUGGAAUCAAAUAGAAGCGAGAUAUUCCCAGCAUGCACACAGCAGAAUCCAACAGGGAACCUGGUUUUAUAGACAUCUUCAUGUUUGACAGCUUUGAAAACAAAACAUGCAAACUUUCUUUUGCUUGAAAAAGCAUCAUUGAUUUUUAAUCAUCUCUUUUAAAAUUUUAUUUCCCUUCUAUUCUGAGCAACUGGGUAAUGGUUUCCUUAGAUAAAUGGUACUUUUCUUGCAUGUCUCAGAGUUUGUGGUUCAUCUGUACUUGCUUCCUCACUUUCUAAUAAUCAUUUUUUCCACUUUUCUUGGAAAAAUCAUAAAUAUGGUGAGUCUCACAUUCCAAGGGAGUUUCAAGUACACAUGGCUUUUACUCCAGAGAUCGAAAGCAGCCUGUCUGUGGAUCUUCUCCUCACGCUGUCAAACUCAUCCUCUGGGAAUCUUACACCUUUGUAGAGUCAAUCAGAAGUUGUGGCUUAUAAAUGACAUGUAAAACAACAAUGACAGUUUAAAAAAACAUAGAUUUCAACGCAGCUUUAAAACCAUGAGAAAAUUCUGCAGUGUGCCUAAAUUAUUUCUGUGAAAAAUAAAUCAUGAAAUGGCAUGUGCCAUUAUAACCAGUCACACCCCACCCAAACCCCUCCCUGUGAAAUUUAGAGCCUUUAGAACUGCUGAGGAAUUAAACCCCUAGUCAUUGUAAAUAGCCACUUUUUCCUCCCAAUUCUGAGAGUUGAACCUAGGGCUUCACACCUACUAGGCUGUGGUCUGUCUGUGAGCUGUAUCCUCAGCCCGUGUGUUCACAUUUCAGUCGGCUUUUUUUUUCCUUUUGCUGCUAAGAGUUCUCAGAGACUGUAAUGCAGUAUUUGAUUUCAGAUUCCGAAGGGUGGUCUUUUAGCAUUCAUUCCAUGAGGUAGGAAGCCAGAAACUUGAAAGCAGCCUUUCAUAGGAUAACAAGCAAAGCCAACAGAGUAGGCCAUUAAAUACAUCAGCACUGCUAACAUGCUUCAGGUUGCCACGAUGAGAAUCAGGAAACCGAGAGACAGCUACGUUUUGACCUACUCACAAGACCCAGAACAUUGUUCAUGCCAGUAUUUUUUUGAGUAUUAAAAAAAAUGAGAUGUGAAGAUUUUGUUGUAGUUAGAUGACGUUAAUAGCUGCUAGUGCUUUGCAACCAAAAUUAUGUCACUUUUUAAAACAUACUUUUAUGUUUUGUUUUGUUUUGUUUCUAUACUCAGUAUAAAUCGGGAAAAGUUGGCCAAUUACAUAGGCUUUAGAAUCCACCUUUUAUUUUCUAAGGAUAUGGAUAUCCCAUCACAGCAGCAAAACAAACGCAUUUCAUAAAUAUCACUUGUGCCUGAAGCUCCUGCUUAAUUUUGAAUGUGUCUCAAAUAUUUGGUGUGUAUACUCAAUACAGCAGCAAAUGUAACAUGCAUUCCAAAGUGUCUUCCCUGUUAUGAUGUAACAGCUGCACUGUACAAGGUAAGGUGAUCCUGCCAUAUGUUAAAAAAUUCAAAUGAAUGUAAAACAAAUAAAAAAGGAGAAACUAUUUGAAUGAAGUAAUGCAUUUGAUGAUAAUAACCUUGGUUUCAGUUAUCCUUCAAAUGCACACUUACAUUGUAUUCUGAUUGUUUAUAAUAAAGAAUACUGUACCGA